GGUGGGGGUGGGCCCAUGCACGUGGAUUGGGCCUGCGUGUCGUGGGCGGGGUUGCGCAUGCUCAUUUGGGCGGUGGGCCUGGAGUUUAUCAAGAUGUCUACCACGACGGUUCCAGAGCUAAAGCAGAUUAGCCGGGAGGAAGCAAUGCGCUUGGGGCCCGGCUGGAGCCACUCGUGCCACGCCAUGCUGUACGCCGCUAACCCCGGGCAGCUCUUCGGUCGUAUUCCCAUGCGAUUUUCAGUGCUGAUGCAGAUGCGCUUCGACGGGCUGCUGGGCUUCCCUGGGGGUUUUGUGGACCGGCGCUUCUGGUCGCUGGAGGACGGCUUAAACCGGGUGCUAGGCUUGGGCCUGGGCGGCCUGCGCCUUACCGAAGCUGAUUACCUGAGCUCACAUCUAACUGAGGGUCCACAACGUGUGGUGGCACACCUGUAUGCAAGGCAGCUGACACUGGAGCAGCUGCAUGCUGUGGAGAUCAGUGCUGUGCACUCGCGGGACCACGGUCUGGAGGUGCUGGGCCUUGUACGCGUUCCACUGUACACCCAGAAGGAUCGAGUAGGAGGCUUUCCUAACUUCCUGAGCAAUGCCUUCGUCAGCACUGCCAAGUACCAGCUCUUAUUUGCCCUUAAGGUACUCAACAUGAUGCCCUCGGAAAAGCUGGCCGAGGCCUUGGCCUCAGCCACAGAAAAACAGAAGAAAGCCCUAGAAAAGCUACUCCCAGCCUCAUCCUGAGGUUCCUGUGCGAUUCUUGCCCUCCCUUGGCUGUCUCUGCCCACAGGCCCUGGAAUUCCCAAGAAGAGUGCCUUCUAGCGUGUUUGGUUUUGUCCCUUUCGACUGCAAGGGACAAGCAGGCAGCUGUUCAUCUUUACUGUCCCAAGCAGACCCUGGGACCUAGCUACCCUCUCAGGUUGUUCAGUGGAAUAGCUUGGGCCUGACUCUUCAAGCUGAGGAUGUUCUCACCCAUUCCAGGGUUCAGACUGCCCUGUGUGAGUCUGUUCAUGACUGCUGGAGGCCCGGGUACAGCCCACUUUUCCAAGGCAACCACUUGAUUGGUACAUGGUUCCUGGACUGGUCAGGGAUUUCAGUCAAUGGAGGUGACCCAUGUUACAUCACUCCUUCCCUUAGCCCAGAACCUGAUCCAGCUUGCGAGAUAGGCUGUUGUUCAUUUGGGUUGUUGGAUUUUGGUUAGAUUUUUCUUUCUUGGUGUGUGAACAGUGGGUUGGUUUCAGAGUGGCCCACAUGGCUUGGUUCUCCCCAGGAGGGCUUUGCCUCAACUCUGUGGAAUUGAGGAAGCAAGAAGACAAUAAAGCCAUUCCUCUGAUGCUUA